AUGUACCGGGUUGGGAGGUGGCUCGAUCGGGGGCGAGCGUCCCUCAAUGGCUCGUCCCAGAGUUUGGAUUCUCUGGAAGAAUCUCAAAAUCUAGAGACAGCCCUUCGAGCUGUAGAGUUGGUCCUCAACGAUGACAUCCUAGGGGCGGAGAGGGGCCUUUCAGAGGGUAAUUCUUCAUUCCACAAGCUUGCUAGAGGCACUCUUGGGUUCAUGAAGGCCGCCUUGGGCUUUGAGCAGGAGGUCAUGAAGGAGGCUUCAGAGACGCUGUCUGAAGCCGAGUCAAGUGCGUCGUCCAGUUAUUACAAAGCCCAGCACGAUCCACGGCCCUUCACUUCGAACAUCUAUGAAAAAGGCUCCGAAUUUGCGUUGUGCCAGGCGGAAGCCCAGAUUAUGUCAGCUGUUGUCGGCGUCCUGAACGAGAGUCUGACAGAAUCCAUAAGGGGGUUCUACAAGCUCAGGAAGGCCUAUAUGACUCUUGACGGCCUGGUGCAAAUGGAAAUGGCAUUCAUGAAAAACCGAGGGGCCAGGACACAGUCGGCGUCGAGGGAACGAUCCACGGAAAGUCUGCUCUCGCUUGCGUCUGAGAAGUCAGCCCAAUCCGCCGCCGACCAGGCUGAAGCUGCGUCUGAGAGAAGGACGCGAGACUUGGUUCGGCCGACACAUCCAUCUGCAUUGCGAAAUGCAGCGGUUGUUGAUGGGGAUUCGAACAUUGAUCCAGACGAGGAGGAAUUCCACGAAACAGAAGUGAUUCAUGAGUAUAAUCCGGUGACGGAAGGCUACACUGGACGACUAGAAGUGACGGAGGAAUCGGAGGAUAUGACAGAGCUGGACCGCAAAAUCGAGAGAAUGAACCUUAGCCACCAUUCCAACGAAUUGCAAGCGGAAGGACUCAUGAAACCACCACCUCCAACGACUCUGGGUAUGCUUACGGAGGACGCUGACUCAGAAAUCUUCUCAAACUCCCUCGAUGCGUUCAUUCAUUCCGGCACAAACCUCAUGUCCGGAAUCUUAUCUCUUCUCAUCUCCAUUAUUCCUCCCGCAUUCGGCAAACUUUUGUAUAUAAUCGGAUUCCGCGGCGAUCGAAACCGAGGGAUACGAAUGCUGUGGCAAGCAAGCAAAUUCCCCAACAUUAAUGGUGGCAUGGCCAGUCUGGUUCUGUUUGGUUGGUAUAACGGACUGGUUGGCUUUUGCGACAUUAUCGCGGACUCAGACCCAUCCAAGCCAGAUGACGCCGAGGGCUAUCCUAGCGCACGACUCCAAGUCUUACUCAGUGAUAUGCGAAGAAGAUACCCGAAAAGUCGUCUCUGGCUAGUUGAAGAAUCAAGAAUGGCGUCGUCAAACCGACAGCUGGACAGGGCGUUGGCGAUCCUUUCAGAAACGGGAAAAAGCCAGCUCAAGCAGAUUGAAGCGCUCCACAUGUUCGAAAGGAGCUUGAGUGCCAUGCACGCGCACCGGUACAAGUUGUGCGCUGACUCGUUCCUUGCUUGCGUCGAUCUCAACGCGUGGUCACGUGGCUUGUACUUUUAUAUUGCGGGAGCCGCGCACCUUUGCCUCUACCGCCACGACAAAUCUCUCUCCCAGGCAGACACACAAAAGCAUGCGAAACUGGCCGAAGAGUACUUCAAAACUGCACCUACGAGGGUGGGGAAAAAAAAGAUGCUGGGCCGACAACUCCCCUUUGACGGUUUUGUAGUUCGAAAGAUUGCCAAGUGGGAAGAGCGCGCUGCGAGGUGGAAUUGCAGCUUCAUUGACGCUGUGGGAGUCAGCCCACUGGACGAGAUGAUAUUUUUAUGGAACGGGUACAAAAAGAUGAAUGAACAACAGCUGCAGGAGUCGUUGGACAAUCUCGCCUGGUCGGAGACGACCCCCCAUUGGGAUGAAGAAGACAUUGAUGAGCUAUCAAUCCUAGCAGUGCUGAGAGCGGUCAUUCUCCGUAAUCUUCGACAGCAUGACAAGUCCAAAGAGGAGUUGAAAACCAAUUUGCUCAACAAGAGUGCACAAGAUUUCAAAGGCCAGAACAGAGACGACUGGAUGGCACCGACAGCACAUUACGAGAUGGCCGUGAAUUUGUGGAUGCAGAGGACCGGCUAUGUUCGACUUUAUGGGAGUGAAUUUAUCAGAGAUCCGGAUGAAAAGGCACCCCUCCUUGAUCUUUCGCACGAUUCCAAGCUGGUCCACGAGUGUAAGACGCACCUCGAAACGGCCAAAAAUUGGGAGAAAUAUGAGCUUGACGCUCGGUUGGGACUGAAGAUCACCGCGGCGCUCAGUGCCGUGAAGCAAUGGGAACAGAACCAUUCCAAUGGUCCCAGAUGA